CGCUCCUCCAUUACAUUAGAGAGAGGAGCAGAGCUGCCUUGCCCUUCUCUCUCUCUCUCUCUUGCUCCCCCUCCCUCCCUCCGUCCCAAAUCCCUCCUGAUCACAGGCGAUUCGUUCGUCCGUCCAUCUCACCGGAAGCUGUUCGAGCUUUAAAACGCCGAACGAGAGAGAGGAAGAGAAUCUCGCAAUAUUUGGACCGGAGGAGAUGUCGGAGCGGUCAGGCUUUCAGCUGGGUGUGAUUGGGUCGCUCGCUCUCUCAGUUGCAUCCUCGGUUGCCAUUGUCAUCUGCAACAAGGCUCUCAUUAGCUCCCUUGGCUUCCCUUUUGCGACGACCUUGACAAGCUGGCAUUUGAUGGUUACCUUCUGCACGCUCCAUGUUGCACAGCGCCUGCACUUCUUUGAGCCUAAAUACAUUGAUGGAAGGACGGUGGUCCUCUUUGGCUUGCUUAAUGGCACCUCCAUUGGCUUCCUCAACCUUAGCCUUGGCUUCAACUCUAUCGGAUUCUACCAGAUGACUAAACUCGCCAUCAUACCAUUCACGGUGCUUCUGGAGACUCUCUUCCUAAAGAAAAAAUUCAGCCGGAGUAUCAAAUUCUCUCUUCUGGUCUUGCUCCUUGGAGUCGGAAUUGCAUCUGUCACCGAUCUCAAGCUCAAUCUUCUCGGCUCCAUUCUGUCCAUUCUUGCCAUUGCUACCACAUGUGUCGGCCAAAUUAUGACAAACACAAUACAGAAGAGAUUGAAGGUCUCCUCCACACAGCUCCUCUACCAGUCCUCACCCUACCAGGCAGCUAUCUUGUUUGUCACUGGCCCUUUUGUGGACCAGUUGCUCACCAAGCGCAGUGUUUUUGCCCACAGCUACUCUACUGUGGUUUUGGGGUUCAUCAUCCUAUCUUGCUUGAUUGCGGUGUCUGUAAACUUCAGCACAUUCUUGGUAAUUGGGACGACAUCCCCAGUGACAUACCAAGUGCUCGGCCACCUGAAAACAUGUCUCGUCCUCUCCUUUGGCUACAUCCUAUUGCAUGACCCCUUCACUGCAAGGAACAUCGUAGGCAUCCUUAUUGCGAUCUUUGGCAUGGCUCUGUACUCAUACUUCUGUGUACGUGAGACCAAGAAGAAAUCGACAAAUGAUGUCUUGCCUAUCUCACAGAUGGCAGACAAGGAGAGCAUGCCUCUUUUGGCCACCAAAAGUUUGGGGCUUCAUCAAGAUAAAGAUGGAAAUGAGACUAAAAAAGCUGACGGGAUUCCUCCAGCUACCAAGAACUCUCUUGCAUUGUAAUUCUCAAAAAAAAAAAAAAAAUCUCUUGCAUAGUGAAGUUUUUGUUCUAGUGGAAGUAGGAAUCGGAAAGUUUCAAAUGUUUUGGAAUGGUGUUUCGUAUCAUUCUUGUCAAUUGAGCGUUCAUCAUUUGGAUUCUUUAA